CCCUACAGGCCGAUCCUUCAACUCGAGCUCUUUCUUUUUCAUGGCUCGUGGCACUGUUUAGAUCGUGUCGCGAUGAAGUUGAACGUGUCAUACCCGGCUACAGGAUGCCAAAAGCUCAUCGAAAUCACCGAUGAGCACAAGCUCAGAGUCUUCUACGAGAAGCGCAUGGGCGCUGAAGUGGAAGCCGAUUCACUUGGAGAUGAGUGGAAGGGCUACGUUGUUCGUGUGGCUGGUGGCAAUGACAAACAGGGAUUCCCCAUGAAGCAGGGUGUCCUCACCAACAGCCGUGUUCGUCUGCUGCUCUCCAAGGGCCACUCAUGCUACAGACCACGCCGUACUGGUGAACGUAAACGUAAAUCAGUUCGUGGAUGCAUCGUCGAUGCCAAUCUCUCAGUCUUGGCUCUGAUUGUUGUCAAGAAGGGAGAACAGGAAAUUCCUGGACUCACAGACAAAAACCUGCCACGUCGUCUGGGACCCAAGAGAGCUGGACGCAUUCGCAAGCUCUUCAACCUGACCAAGGAAGAUGAUCUUCGUGAAUUCGUUGUCAAACGGCCAAUCCAGAAGGAGGGAAAGAAGGAGCGCUUCAAGGCCCCCAAGAUCCAACGUCUCAUCACUCCUAUCACCCUCCAGCGCAAGAGACACAGGAUAGCUCUCAAGAAGAGGCGUUGCCUUGCCCGCAAGGAGCAGGCCGCCGAGUACGCAAAACUCUUGGCCCAGAGGCAGAAGGAGGCUAAAGUGAGGCGUGCUGAGGAAGUGAAACGAAAGCGCAGUGCAUCCAUGCGCGACUCCAAAUCCUCCAACCAGUCAGCACCUACCGCAAAAUAAACAACAAUUGCGAAGAUGUAUUAAGAUCAAUAAUAACGCUCGUACGUUGAUAAA